CUGGGAAUUUUGACGUGUAUUAUAAUGAGUUGAGAUUGCACUGUGUUUAAGAAAUUGGUCUGUGCCUUUAAACGGUUGAGGACUUGAAACAGACGUCCUAACACAAUUUUAAUAGGAGAUCCGUGUACUGCUGCAGCGAGCUCUAACAACCAAUGAAGAAGGUAGGCGGAAAUUGGGGAAAAGCAACAUGGACUUUGUAGUCUUUGUCUAAUCGUAUUCUUACAACCGAUAAGCAGGCGGAACUACAUGUCCCACCGAUCUACUCAAACGCUGAUUCAGUGGAAGAAUGACAGCGAGGAAAAUAUAGUUUCUACAAUUGCAAAAAACGAACAAAUGGCCAAUGUUUACUUUUUGCGAGCGAUGUGCACGCACAGAGGAAGGCUGGCGUCCCAAUACAAAACCCAACUCCGGUUGCCUUGUUCCGCACUACCCCAACUCUGUAACUCUGUUCGUGUCAGGCCCGGAAUUGCAGGAGUCACCACUUCCCUGCUGCAAAAGCUGCGCUCAUUUUACUUUGUUAGCACAGUUCCCAGUCGGUGCAUUUUCACAGAGACGAAAUUGAGAAAUCCAGCUCCAGAGAAGAAGCAAGACAACAAAGUAUCAUUGAGAAGCAGUACUCCGCCCGCAUCAACAACUCAGAAAGUAAAAGAAGCUGGAAAAGAUUUUACCUAUCUUCUCGUUGUCUUGGUUGGGAUUGGCAUAACAGGAGGUUUAUUCUACGUAAUAUUUCAAGAGUUGUUUUCCUCCUCAAGUCCCAAUAAAUUAUAUGGAGAUGCCCUGAAGAAGUGUAGAGCACACCCUGAGAUAAUUGGAGCAUUGGGAGAACCUAUAAAAGGUUAUGGAGAGAUGACUCGGCGAGGUCGAAGACGGCAUGUCAGUCAUGUGGAAUAUGUGAAGGAUGGUGUGAAACAUAUACAACUCAAAUUUUACAUUGAGGGCACAGAACCUAUUAAGGGAACAGUUCACCUGGAUGCAAAAGAGAACCCUGAAAGUGGACGGUUUGACUUUCGUUACAUAUUUGUGGACUUUGACACUUAUCCCAAAAGGACCAUUAUUGUUGAAGACAAUCGCUAAGGGAGCUGAUUGCUUUUGUUUCCAUGAGCGAAUACGAAAACAGAGAUUUCUUUAGGUUUUUGUAGAUGGAAUAAAUCAUGUGAAUGAGAAAUGAAUCAGGCAAUUAAUCAUCCUUUUUAAGUACUGUCAGCCCAAUUUACUUUUGUAGAGGAUCAGAGUCACGUCUGAGAUACGUUUUUUUGUAAAUUAUACUUUUUUGUAUUGAUUGAUUAAUAUGCUCCCCUAUUUUAAAAUCAUUGCAUUUAACAUGCUGUGUUGAAAGAUUACAGGUAAUAUCAAGUUUAAGGGCUUUAUUGUCCUUUGAAGAAGCAACAUUCAAUUAUAGAAUGAAAAAAUAAUUAUAAAUAAAACAGUGAUCUAUUACUGUAAAUUAUUUUCUCUAUUUUCUCUAUUUUGAUAAACCUGAAUUAGAUGUGCAUCGUAGAUUGAAUAGAUAUGUUUUUAUGCCUCUACCAGUUAUAGGAACUUAUUGCUUCCUCUAUUGAUCUCUCCUUUCUGAUAUACUGUCCUUCCUAGACAUGUUUAAAAUAAAAAGAUUGGGAAGCUACAGGUAAAGUGCUAUUUCCUAUUGUUUAGUUACAUGACUGGCACAUUGAUGCUGUGAUGAUCAUACUGGUUUAAACAUGUUUUUAAGCAAGGGUUCAAGAAGGCUGUGGAAAAUCUGAAAUCUUGAAGGGUUUAAAAGUCUUGCCUUUUUAUUUCCACCUGAGCUUCAGCGUUUGAACUAGUGAGCAUGGAUUAGGUUAUAGGCAUUGAGGCCUGGUGGGUUAGGUCUUUUAGUAGUUGCAAACAUUUUUGAAAGGUGACUAACCUUAAGCUAAGGUAGCUAGCUAGCCUAAUGCAUUCUUGAUGAUGCCAGUAGUUUGUCCCAGCUACACAAGUUAACCACUCCUCAUACGUAGGAUAGCAGUCUGUGAUCUGGAUCUUUUCCAUUAUAGUCUGGAGAAAAGGAAGUUUUAAGUCACAAUAUUGGCAAUGAAAAUUUAGUGGUCAAGGGUGAAGUCCUGAUGGUUGCGAAUAGCUCAGACAUGGUCAAGGUCAAAAGAGAAAAGGUCAGAGAUGAUGAAUGACAGGUUAAAGAUCACAAUGCUCAGUGUAACUACAUCGGAAGGUAGUGGAUGCUGAGUCUUGAAUAAAUUUAAAGGCUAAGUUAGAUAGAUUUUUGAUAGAUGACAGACAGGAAAGUGGAGCUGAUCAGCUAUGGGUGUAUUGAACAGACAAAGAGACUCAUAAAGCCAGAUGUCUCCCUUCUGUUCCUACACUCUAUGCUCUUAUAUCUUCUGUAAAUGGAAAUGUGAUUAUUCAGUAUUGUCUGCGUUAUGUAUGUAGUUGGGGGUACUGUCCCUUUAAGAGGGAAAGAGCUUGGGUCCAGUCUAGAAUCAGCUGUGGAGGUGUGAGGAUGAAUAAUAGUGUUCCUGUUCAGAUUUACCAUUUGUAUAUAAUUACUGGUUCCAAAGGAAGCAUCAACAUAACAGUCUCUGUCUCAGAGAAUCUAAUUUAUGGUUUUGGUUGCUGAUUGGAGAAGGUAAAAUUGUGGAAGGAGUGUAGAAGGUGACAACACCUUCAAGAAAAUUAGAGCUUGGCUGAUGGGGCAACUGCUUGUGCUGAUCAUUUUCAGGAGUGUGUAAUGGUAUGUUUCAAUAUGGGACUACUUAGGUUAAAGUUGAAAAUGUGUUGCUGGAAAAGCGCAGCAGGUCAGGCAGCAUCCAGGGAACAGGAGAAUCGACGUUUCGGGCAUAAGCCCUUCUUCAGCCUACUUAGGUUAAAGGUACCAUUGACAACCUGAGGGCAGUUGGGUGCAAGGAAGAUAGGAUUAGAUGUACAAUUUAUUGAAAAUAGGCCAGGAAUGUAGGAAAUGGAAUUCAUGGAUGAAAUGGGCUUAAGAACAGCACAGGGUAGAUUAGAAUAAAAGCUAAAAUUGACAGAUGGUUGUGGCCUAGGGUAGAGCCAUAGCUCAAUCCCUGCCUCCCUGAAGCUUCGCCAGCAAAUGCAGGGCACAGUUCAGGAGAGUGAGUGAAUAUCUCCAUUAGCUGUGUUGUUGCUGUUGAAUAACACACAAGUAGUUCAACAGCAACCAGAGGUUCACUGAAUUCUAACCAAUCUGCCAGUGGCUUUACUGUGUACUUCCCACAGGAAUCAUUGCAGCCACACACCAAAUUCUUUUCAGCAGCAUCUCACAAACCAGUGACCUUCAACACCUAAAUAGCCAUAGGUUCAUGUUCUUGGCUAUGGUACCAUUUGCAAACUCUUGUUGAAGUCACAGACCAUUCUGAUUUGGAAAUAUAGUAUCAUUUAAUGAUUGCUUUUGGUUCAAAAUCCUGUAACUCUUUACCUAAUUGCAUUAAGACAGUACCUUCACCACGCAAACUGCAGUGAUUCAACUGCUAUCAUCAUCACUUCAAGGUCAAAUAGAGAUAGGCAAUAAAUGUGAGCUGUGGCAGU